AUGUACAUAAAGAUUGAGGGUUGCAGGUUGAACUGGUUUAGGGAGCACCAGACGGAGAUACGUGCUGACUUGUACAAAGGCAUUGUUGAUAGCAUCACUGCAGGAGAAACUCGAGCGAGCGCAGUUGGCAUAAGGACGGUGCUCCCUUCAUCGUUCAAGGGGGGUUAUCGAGACAUGAAGAAGAGACAUAUGGAUGCCAUGGCACUGGUGCAAACGUACGGCAAGCCCGACAUCUUCCUAACAAUGACUUGCAACCCAAGCUGGCCGGAGAUACUUGAUGAUUUGUUGCCUGGCCAGACCCCGCAAGAUCGACCAGAUCUUGUUGCCCGUGUGUUUAGAGCCAAACUCGAGAAGAUGAAGGAGAUGCUCCUCAAAAAUCACAUCCUCGGUGUUGUCAAAGCACAUGUAUAUGUAGUGGAAUUCCAGAAGAGAGGCCUCCCCCAUGCCCAUUUCCUCUUAAUCAUGGAUUCAGCAUAUAAGCUCGUUGUGCCAGAGCAGUACGACAAGGUCAUAUCUGCCGAGCUCCCUGACAAGAAUAAGUACCCGGAGCUCUAUGCCAUGGUUGUAAAGCAUAUGAUGCACGGUCCAUGCGGUGUUCUCAAGCCCAAUAACGUGUGCAUGCAAGAUGGGCAGUGCAAAUGUAGAUACCCGCGAGCAUUCAACGAGAACACCGUACAAGGAAAGGACUCCUACCCUGUUUAUCGUAGACGGAAAGACGGUCGUCACGCUAAGGUCCGUGGUCAGAUUCUGGACAACAGAUGGGUUGUGCCUUACAACCCAUACCUUCUGCGGAUGUUUAACUGCCACAUCAAUGUUGAGGUCUGCUCUAGCAUCAAAGCUGUCAAGUACCUCUAUAAGUACAUAUACAAGGGCCACGAUCGGACUUCGUUCAACAUCGACCAGCCUGACAAUGAUGGUAACAUAGAUGAGAUCAAGAGAUACAUUGAUGCGAGGUGGGUUACUCCACCAGAGGCAAUGUGGAGGAUAUUUGGCUUCAAGCUCUGUGAUAACUCGCCAGCUGUCCUACAACUGCCACUUCAUCUCCCAGAUAUGCACAGAGUCACUUUCAAAGCGGGAGAAGACCUGAAGGAAGUUCUUGCCCGGGAUAAUGUACAGAGUUCAAUGCUGACAGAGUAUUUUGUGGCUAACAAUAAUCAUCCGUGGGCCCGACAUAUUUUGUACAGGGAUUUUCCCGGAAGCUUCACAUGGCACAAAACGAAGUAUUGGAAGCCAAGGCAAGAACGCCAUCAAGUAGGUCGAAUCGUGUCAGCUCAUCCAGCCGAGGGGGAUCGGUACUUUCUAAGGGUGCUGCUAAACCAUGUACCAGGAUCAACAUCCUUCGAUGAUCUGAAAACCGUCGAUGGUGUGUUAUGUGACAGCUUUCGUGAUGCAGCUGAGAGGAGGGGUCUCAUCGAGUCAGACAGCACCCUCGACGAGUGUCUCACCGAGUCAGAACAGUUCGCGAUGCCAGUUUCACUCAGGAGGCUCUUCGCAACAAUCUUGGUAUUCUGCGAGCCUGGUGACGUGCGAGGUUUGUGGGAUAGGCACCUAGAGGCAAUGUCUGAUGACUUCCGGCGACGUCACACGUGCCCAAACGUAGUAGAGCAGAAUGUGUUGCUUCACAUUAGUGGCAUGUUGCAAUCCAUGGGCAAAGACAUAAAGAUGUUCGAUCUUCCUGAUAUAGACGAGAACUAUGACACCACAGGAGGCGAGGCCAGAGAGGUCAUCGAAGAGAGCAAUAUCGAGGUUGACCCCAAUGAUAAAAAUCUAGCGUCCUCGCUAAAUCCAGAACAAAGGCAUGCCUAUGAAAAAAUAGUCUCAGCGGUUCAUAGUGGUGAUGGAGGUGUCUUCUUUGUCGAUGGUCCAGGAGGCACAGGGAAGACCUUUUUGUACAGGGCGCUCCUUGCUACUGUCCGAGAAGAGAAAAAAAUUGCUAUUGCAACGGCAACCUCAGGCGUCGCCGCUUCCAUCAUGCCUGGAGGUCGGACCGCCCACUCCAGAUUCAAGAUCCCACUGAACCUUGAAGAUGGGUCGUCAUGUAACUUCACAAAGCAGAGCGGGACAGCCAAGCUCCUAAGGAUGGCCUCGCUCAUAUUAUGGGACGAGGCCACAAUGACAAAGCGGCAGGCUGUUGAGGCGUUGGACAACAGCAUGCGUGACAUCAUGGGCCGACGGGACCUACCGUUCGGCGGAAAGACUAUUGUUUUCGGUGGGGAUUUUAGGCAAGUGCUUCCAGUCGUCCGAAAGGGGACACGAGCCGAGAUAAUCGACGCAGCCCUACGGAGUUCGUACCUUUGGAAGGGCAUGCAUCAGCUGCCGCUUGUCACUAACAUGAGAGCGCAUAGCGACCCAUGGUUCGCAGAUUACUUGUUGAGGGUAGGGAAUGGCACCGAGGAAGCUGACGAGGAAGGUAACAUCCGGCUCCCUACAGAUAUAUGUAUACCGUCUACAGACAUGGAGAAGGACGACCUACAGAAGCUGAUCGACCAUGUAUUUCCUUCUCUAGGCGAUAACAUGGCCGAUCCGAAUUACAUGACUUCCCGAGCGAUCCUCUCAACAAAAAACGACUAUGUCGAUGGUAUAAACAAGACCAUGAUAGAACGUUUUAAUGGCAUGGAGAAGAUAUACCACAGCUUUGACAGUGCAGAGGAUGAUCCGCACGGCUACUAUGCUCAAGAGUUCUUACACUCGCUAACUCCUAAUGGGCUGCCCCCCCACGAGCUCAAGUUGAAGAUAAAUUGUCCUGUUAUACUCCUCAGGAACAUUGAUCCAGCUAACGGACUAUGUAACGGCACGAGGCUUGUCGUUCGGGGGUUCCAAAAGAACGCUAUCGAUGCGGAAAUCGUGUUAGGACAACAUUCUGGGGAGAGGGUGUUCCUUCCUCGGAUACCUCUCUGCCCGUCUGAUGACGACAUGUUCCCAUUCAGAUUUAAAAGGAAGCAAUUCCCGAUCAGACUGAGCUUUGCCAUGACGAUAAACAAGGCUCAAGGGCAGACAAUCCCUACUGUAGGUGUUUACCUACCAGAACCUGUAUUCUCCCAUGGCCAGCUUUACGUCGCGUUGUCCAGAGCAACCGCAAAGGUAAACAUUAAGAUCCUCGCCAUCAAUAAAAAGCGCAAUGUCAAGGAGAUCCUUCAUGGGCCACUAGGCAAAGGAAAUUCCAAGGGAAGCGACCAGACUGAUAAUCCCAAAAAGCGAAAGAGAUCCGAGGACUUAUUAAGCAUCGCAAUUGUCCCGUUCAGGAGCUUUGUUAUGGCUGAUCCUUUUUCGUUCCCCGAUGGUUCGCUAACAGGUGUGUUCGGAGUACUGAUGUACGUCGGCCCCAUGGAAUCUGAUUAUGUAGCCCCUAGCGGGGUGAGGGAGUUGGCCGUUGUUGACAGCGGGUACAACAUCCAUUUUAUUCGUAUCUUUGGAGAAAAAGCUUACUCUUAUGGCAAUACUUUGCUAUUGGCUGAACAGAAUGGGGCCAUUCUUGUGGCCCACAACCUGAAAAUUGAUCAAGCCUCAAGAUCACUUGAUAGCACGGAUUCGACUACUCUUGAAAUUGAGACAUGCCCAACGCCCUCUCACUUUUAUAAUCUUCUCAGCGGUGUCAGAGCGCACGUACGGGUUGACAUGUCAACAAUGGAGCAUGUCAAAAGACUGGUACUAAUAAGGAGAGACAUGUACGACGGCCACGUUGAUCCCACUGAAGAAUCUCCGUCGAAGAAAAGAAAAUUUAAAGGUGGAUCCAGCCGCACGCAUGACGAGGGCAUAAUGGAAGAAAACAAGUGGGACGAGCUAGAUUAG